UGUACAGGAGAGCGCACUGUCAGGAUAUUCCACCCUUACGCACACGCAGACACGCACAUAUACUAACGCACACUCUCUCACAUCUCCCUCUCGCACACGCACAUGGAGUAUUACUGGACCCACCUACUCUGGAUUCUCUGGAGCGUGAUGCCAGGGUUCCAUGAUUGUUUCAACAUUGACACCAGAAAUCAUCGGAUCAUAAAGGGCCCCAGGCAGACACAGUUUGGCUACACUGUCCAACAACACAUGGCUGGGGGACAGAAGUGGUUACUGGUAGGAGCCCCACUGGAAACAAAUGGACAGCAUCAGACAGGGGACGUGUAUAAAUGUCCCUUAAGCAGAAGAUCUGGAGGACCCAGCUGCACUAAACUUAAUCUUGGAAGGAUAUCACUGACAAAUGUCUCUGAACGAAAGGAUAAAAUGAGACUUGGAAUGACUCUUUCGUCCAACCCUAAUGACAACAGCUUUGUGGCUUGUGGUCCCCUUUGGUCGUACGAAUGUGGCAGCUCAUACUACAGUACUGGAAUUUGCUCCAGAGUCAAUGCCAGCUUUAAAUUUUCCCGUUCUAUCGCUCCUGCCUUCCAAAGGUGUGAGACGUACAUGGACAUAGUGAUAGUCCUGGAUGGAUCAAAUUCAAUCUACCCCUGGAACGAGGUUCAAGACUUCCUUAUCAACAUCCUGCGGAAAUUCUAUGUUGGACCUGGACAGAUUCAGGUUGGAGUACUGCAAUAUGGAGAAAAAGUGGUGUCUGAGUUUCAGCUGAAUGACUUCCGCUCUGUGGAGGAUGUGGUCAAAGCAGCCCGUAAGAUAGGCCAGCGAGGAGGAGAAGAGACCAACACUGCGCUGGGAAUCAGUGUUGCACGAUCAGAGGCCUUUAAACAGGGAGGUAGAAAAGGAGCAAAGAAAGUCAUGAUCGUCAUCACAGAUGGAGAAUCACAUGACAGCGCUGACCUGCAACAGGUCAUUGAGGACAGCGAGAAGGAUGGCAUCAUACGAUAUGCCAUUGCUGUAAGUAUUGCCUUCCUUCAGUACUGGGGCUACUAUAACCGCAGAGGCAUCAACCCUGAAGCUUUCCUCAAUGAGAUCAAAUACAUCGCUAGUGACCCUGAUGAUAAGCAUUUCUUUAACGUGACAGAUGAAGCAGCUUUGAAGGACAUUGUGGAUGCUCUGGGAGAGAGGAUCUUCAGUUUAGAGGGGACUAGCAAGAAUGGGACAGCAUUUGGUCUCCAGAUGUCUCAAGCUGGCUUCUCCACACACAUAGUGGAGGACGGUAUUUUAGUGGGAGCAGUGGGAGCUUAUGACUGGAAUGGGGCUGUGCUGAAGGAGACUCGUCAGGGUAAAGUGAUCCCACCAAAGUCGUCUUAUGAACAAGAGUUCCCAGAAGAACUGAAAAACCAUGGAGCGUACCUGGGUUACACAGUAACAUCAGUGGUUUCAGCUCGCAGUGGCCAGUUAUAUAUAGCAGGAGCUCCUCGGUUUAACCACACUGGCAAGGUCAUCAUCUUCACCCUGAAAAAUACUGGGGAGCUCACUAUACUACACUCACUCAAAGGAGAGCAGAUUGGGUCAUACUACGGCAGUGAGAUUGCUCCAGUGGACCUGGAUGAUGAUGGAGUCACAGAUAACCUACUGGUGGCUGCUCCCAUGUUCUUCAGUGCAGGCUGGGAAAAGGGCAAAGUCUACAUUUAAGAGUCACA